AUGCCAUUGACACGAGAUCAAAUGACCGAUGUUAAAUUAAUUAUAAAGCAAACCAUUGAAGAAUUGCUCAGUGAUGAUAAAUUCUUAACGCUUAUUUCUGAUACAAUCGAACAGAAACUGGGUAUAAAGGAAUCUCAACAAAAAAUGGUCGAGCUAGAAAAAGAAAUAGUGGACCUGAGACAUGCUAAGAAUAAACUAGAGUGUGAUGUGGAAAAAUUUCAACAACAUGCACGUCGGAAAUCUUUUAGAAUAGUUGGCAUGAAGGAAUCACAUGGUACAAGUGUCCUGGAGCAGGUGCUUACCUUAUGCGAAGAUAACCUAAAAACUCGAGUUUUGGAAGAGAAUAUUGAAAAUUGUUUUUGGUUAGGAAGAAAAAAGAACGAACAGCGUUCUAUCUUGUUUACUGUAAAUUCUCAUAACCUGAAAAUGAAGCUUCUGAGAAACAGGAAGUUGCUGAAAGGUUGA